AUGCGGUCAAUCUCUCAUCAGUCCUCUUCAGGUGCGAGCAUCACCACCCUUCUGAAGGGGUGCAAGAGAAGUGAACACCUGGAGCAAGUUCACGCUUCAAUCAUCCACCGAGGCCUCGAGCAAGACCACUUCCUCAUCUCCCUCUUCAUUCCACUCUCCCACACCCUUUCCACUCUCUCCUAUUCCUCCACCGUCUUCCUCCGCGUCCUCACCCCUUCCACCUUCCUCUGGAACACUCUCAUCAAAUCCCAUUGCCAAAACAGCUUUUUUUCCCACACCCUCUCCGCCUUCGCUCGCAUGAAGGCGCAUGGUGCCCUUCCCGACAACUUCACCUACCCUUCUGUCAUUAAGGCCUGUUCCACAACGUGCAAGCCGUGGGAAGGAAAAUCGCUUCAUGGGUCCGCGUUCAGGUGCGGCGUCCAUAGGGAUCUUUUCGUGGCCACCAGUUUGAUCGACAUGUAUGGCAAGUGCGGGCAGAUUGUUGAUGCUCGCAAGGUGUUUGAUGGUAUGUCUGAGAGGAGUGUUGUUUCCUGGACUUCUAUGCUUGUAGGGUACGUUGCUGUUGGGGAUGUUGUGGAGGCCAAGAAACUGUUUGAUGAGAUGCCGCAGAGAAAUGUAGCUUCUUGGAAUGCGAUGUUGCAGGGUUUUGUCAAGGUGGGGGAUUUGAGUUGUGCUAGAGGUGUGUUUGACGUUAUGCCAGAGAAGAAUGUUGUUUCUUUUACCACCAUGAUUGAUGGGUAUGCCAAGGCGGGUGACAUGGUGGCUGCGAGGUUCUUGUUUGAUCGUGCUCCGGGAAAGGAUGUUGUUGCUUGGUCUGCUUUAAUAUCGGGUUAUGUCCAGAAUGGGCAACCUAAUCAGGCGUUGAGAGUGUUUCUUGAGAUGGAAUCGAUGAAAGUAAAGCCUGAUGAGUUCAUACUAGUUAGCUUGAUGUCGGCUUCGGCGCAAUUAGGACAUUUAGAACUUGCUCAAUGGGUUGAUUCUUACGUAAGCAAAAGCUGUAUUGAUCUUCAGCAGGACCAUGUAAUUGCAGCACUUCUGGAUAUGAAUGCAAAGUGUGGAAACAUGGAGAGAGCGUUGAAAUUGUUUGAGGAAAAAACUAAACGGGAUCUAGUGUUGUAUUGUUCCAUGAUACAAGGGUUGUCAAUUCAUGGGCGUGGGGAAGAGGCCGUGAAUCUGUUUAACAAGAUGCUGAUGGAAGGGCUAUCUCCGGAUGAGGUGGCCUUCACAGUUAUCCUCACAGUCUGUAGUCAUGUUGGGCUUGUUGAUGAGGGCUGGGAAUACUUCCAAUCUAUGAAGGAAAGAUACUACAUUAGUCCUUUACCUGACCACUAUGCGUGUAUGGUUGAUCUUCUAAGCCGGUCAGGACAUACAAGGGAUGCUUAUGAACUUAUAAAAUUAAUGCCUGGGGAGCCUCAUGCUGGUGCAUGGGGUGCACUUCUUGGGGCAUGUAAACUCUACGGUGAUUCAGAGCUGGGAGAGAUUGUUGCUAAUCGACUUUUUGAGUUUGAGCCUCUAAAUGCUGCUAACUAUGUGCUGUUGUCCGACAUCUAUGCAGCAGCAGAGCGAUGGAUUGAUGUUUCCCUUGUGAGAAGUAAGAUGAGAGAAAGGAAUGUGCAGAAGAUACCCGGGUCCAGUAAAAUUUAG